GGGAUACGCUCAGAGAAACUGCCGGCCCAGGCUAGCGGCUCCGGCGGGUACUCCAACUUGCAAGGCCUCAAGCUUUUAAGUUUUCCCGCUGGUUUAGGGAAGCGGCCGGCAGUCCUAAGGGGAGAGGACGAUUCCGCGGGGAAGACCGGGCGUGGGCCCCAGGGAUCCGCAGCCUGCAGCAGGAGACUGCCUUAGCCCCCAAGGAGCCUCCUCCUAGGCGUAGUCGGGGAGCCCUUCCCGAGGUGGGAGACGAGGGUCCCGCCUUCUGAGAGCCCCUCUGCAGAAGAUGACGCAAGAGCGGCCUCUGCUCGCGGUGCAGGCGGCCCUGAAGAAGUGCUUUCUCGCGGUGCAGCAGCAGCAGGGCCUGUGGCAGAGCACGCUGGCGGACUGCCGGCCCCUGCUGGCCGCCCUCCGCAACCUGGCGGAGCAGCUGCAGGCGGCGCAGAACCUGCGGUUCGAGGACGUGCCGUCGCUGCGGGCCUUCCCGGGCUUACAGGAGCGGCUGAGGCGCAAGCAGCUGGAGGCCGGCGACACUGCCCUGGACAAGCUGGGAGAGAGGCUAGCUGCCCUCCUCAAGGUGCGUGACACUGUCAGCAGCCACGUGGGACAGGUGCUUCAGAUCUAUGAACAGCAUGCAGACACGCUCGGCAUUGAUGCUGUCCUGCAGGCUUCAGUGUUGAGCCCCUCUGUGGCUGACAUGUUGGAAUGGUUGCAAGAUAUUGAGAGACACUAUCGAAGUUCUAAGUUACCUGAAGAGAAAGUACCUCCUGUCCUCAAUCCAUUGGGGAGACUUGGCAAACACCCAAGCUUUGCCCAAGGCCUGGGACCGAAUUUCAGAAGAUGAACACCAAGACCUGGUACAAGAUACCCUACUGAAUGUUUCCUUCUUCCUGGAAGAGUAAAGAAGCUGUGUGUUUAUCUGGAGACCAUGGGGGCACAGUGGAAGACUGACAGUGCUGUACUGUGGUAUUUCUUUAAAAAUGUCAAUAUUGCAACCACAUUUGAAAAAUUAUUUACCGCCUAAGGACUGGAUUUUGGGAGAAUUGAGCUGGUGUUUCUGAUUUUGGAGCUUCUCCUUGCCAGGUCAUGGCUGAGGGUACAUGGGCCACUCCUCGCCCUCUCCUAAGGUCCAGGGGAGUGGGUGGAGGCAGGGAGAAUGCAGGAAAGGCACUGAAGAGUACCAGGGACUGAAGCAGCAGCCACAGAAGUGGUCGGGAAGGAAAGGACAGCAUAGAGCGUGGCACUGCCCCCAGCGUCUUCCAAAACCCUGAGCCUGGUUGACAUCAAGGCCUGGUUUUGUGUAUUUGUGUCAAUGCCUGAUUCUUUGAAGAAUGAGAAAGUGAUUUUGAUGAUUUAAAGAAAUAAGGGUGAUGUCGAUAGAAAACAGUAAUUGUUUUCCAAAUGCAGUAGCUCCUUAUCAAGCCAAUUUCCAUUUCCGGAGACUACCACCAGGGGGCGGUGGUGCAGCAUGAAUGAUUCUGACCGCUUUGCUGUGAAGGUGUUCCUCUGUUGCUCUUACUGAGAGUAGGUAACUGGGGAUAGUGGGACUCCCAAAAUGACAGAGGUUUAAUGACCAGUGCUGUCAACUGGCUUGCUACAUUCCUCUGUUUGUUUGUUUUUAUCCUCAUCCGAGGACAUUUUUCCAUUUUUUGUUCAGAUAGAGCGGGAGGGAGAGAGAGGAAGAAAGAGAGAGA